AUGAGCUUCUUCGAUACGACCCCAUUGGGCCGCAUUGUGAACAGAUUCUCGACAGAUAUCUUUGCAACCGACAACACCCUCCCCUGGAGUUUCAUGUCCGUCCUCAUGUUCGGCAUCAGCGUCCUGGGGACCAUCAUCGUCAUCGCCGCCACAACCCCGAUCUUCCUCGCCAUCGUCCCUCCACUAGCAGCUGGGUUCGUCCUCGUCCAGAUAUACUACAUCCGCCCUUCGCGCUCCCUGAAGCGGAUUGAUUCUACAAGUCGGUCGCCCGUCUAUCAACAUUUCACAGAGACCUUGGUUGGUGUUUCAACCAUCCGUGCGAUGGGGGUCGAGGAUCGGUUUAUUCUGCAGAAUGAGGAUAAGGCGACUAUUUCUGCGAACGCGUAUUUUACUUACCAGAUGGUCGCGCGCUGGUUACAGAUUCGUCUCGAGACCCUGGGUGCUUGUAUUGUCUUGGGCGCUGGACUGUUUGCGGUGUUGGACCGUCGGUCGUUGGAUCCUGGGAUGGUCGGACUGGCGCUGUCGUAUGCCCUGACUGUGACCUCCGAUAUUACCAUGGUCAUCAGAUCCUAUUGUGAGUUGCAGAACCAGCUAGUCUCUGUUGAGCGGAUUGACGAGUACCUUACCAAGAACUCCGAGCCUCCCGCCCAUUUAUCCGCGGAUUCAAACUUGCCUGAGAACUGGCCUCAGGCGGGUCAUAUCGAGUUCCGGAACUAUUCUACACGAUACCGUCAGGGUUUGGAUCUGGUGGUUAAAGAUAUCUCGUUCGAGGUGCAGCCUGCUGAGAAGGUUGGGAUUGUGGGCCGGACUGGUGCUGGCAAAUCAUCGUUGACGUUGGCGUUGUUCCGCAUUAUCGAGGCUGCGAAUAGUCAAUGGGCGCAGUCGAGUCACAACGGCGCAGAUAUGGAUACGAUGCCUACCAAAGUUGUUGAGGAUGCAGACCUGGAGAAGGUGGCGGUUGACGAGAAUGGUGGAUCGAUCUGGAUUGAUGGCGUCGACAUCUCGACCGUCGGAUUAAGUCGUCUCCGCAAGAACCUCGCCAUCAUCCCCCAGGACCCCACCCUCUUCGCAGGCACCGUCCGCGAAAAUUUGGAUCCCUUUGAAGAGCUCGAGGAUGCCGAAUUAUGGGAGGCUCUGGAGCGUGCACAUUUGAAGGAGCAUAUCUCAACGCUUGCUGGCGGACUGUCGUUCAAGGUCUCGCAGAACGGUGACAACUUCUCGGUUGGCCAACGAUCCCUCAUCUGUCUCGCCCGCGCUCUCCUCCGCAAGACCAAGGUUCUCAUUCUUGACGAAGCCACAGCCGCUGUGGAUGUCGAGACCGACGAAUUGAUCCAAAAGACGAUCCGCAAGGAGUUCAAGGACCGUACGAUUCUCACCAUCGCUCAUCGUAUCAAGACCGUCAUGGAUUCCGACAAGAUCCUGGUUUUGGAGAAGGGACAAGUGGAGGAGUUUGAGGCACCUGAGCAGUUGGUGAAGAAUAAGGAGUCGUUGUUUUUCAAACUGGCUCGGCAGGCUGGUGAGAUCAAGGAGGAGGAGGAAAGUGGGUUGUAG